AGGUGAGCGGUAGAAGGAAGAGAGUGGAAGAAGAGAGAGGAGCACAGGUUUGUUUUGAUUGAGGAUUUGCAAAAGAACAAUCACAUCUGUAGUUAUAACUCGAUGAAAAGUUUAGUUUAAAGUUGAUAUUGAUACAGGUGAUACAGUUCUGUUUCACUGGCGAUAUUGAGCAGGUUCUCAGUGUUUUGACCGUGGAUCGGUGACAAUACUGACAGAUACCACCGCAUGUCCUGUAAUGGCGGGCCACCUGGUGAAUUACCAAAACAACGGAUUUCAGCAGAUUUGUUGAGUUGAAUUGGAUUUGGAUUUUUUCUCCUGGAUGAACGAAACUUUGCUUAAAGGACAACGUGAACUGACAAACAAUUGCUUCAGAACUGUUUAUAUAUAACAAUUAAUUAACAAUCUAUACAAUUAAUGGACACUGAAUUGUGAUAUUGUUAGUCAUCAUUGUUGUACUGUAGUGUUUAACUUUUUUUGCCCUGUUGUUGAUUUUCAUAGGAUUUAUACUGUGUAUGUUUUUUUUUUGUCGAUUUACAAGGUGUUUAAAUUUAAAAUAACCUGAAAACCAAAAGUGUCUGGAAAAGUAGAUCAUCUAAAGAGAAUCUAGUGUUUAAAAUGAGAUAAAAAUAGAUUAGUAAAUUAGUUAUAAAUAGGUCAAAAGUCAGAUUAGGUCAGAUUUAUAAAUCAGGGAUCAGAAGUACUAGAAUGCAUAUCAGGAUUUAAUUUGAUUACAUAUUGAAAUCUAGGUACUAUAUUAUCUGAAAUAAUUUAAGAUUUCCCAAGUUUCAAUAACUGACUUUUAUUGGUACAUUUCCUUUGUUUAUUGUAGUCUAUCUUCUUGGAAGAAUACACAUGUGAGUUAUUCACUGUUCUCUAUAAAUAUUUUAGUUCAUUUGAACUAAUUAUACCUUUGUUGUCUGUCUGUUCAGUCUCUCACCACUGCUCCUUUCUAACCUACACACUGGUCCGCGUACCUUUUUCACUGUACUAUCCACCUGGGCACUUUACAGUAGCACUAUCAGGUGAAAUUACAGGUGCACUCCAAUCCAUAUCUCUGAGGUUUACGGCAACACACUCACCUCCCUUUUUGACACUGUCUAAAGCUGCUUGAGGGUGCUCCUGCUCUUGCAGCUUUACGGUACAGUCUCAGGUGAGGAGGCAGGUGAGUGACAGGUGUGUGGAUGCGAACCUGAGCCGGCGCGUGCAGGCUGCUGGAGGAGAAACCACGGCGCGCAUGAGGAGCGAUAAGAAGUCUGGCUGUAUAGAAGGAGGCAUCUGAACCUGGCUGUGCAUUAUGAAGGAGAACGGGUCCUUGUGUCAAGUGGAGCAACUGCCCCACGGGUGCCUGCUAGAGCCGGGCCUUAACGGGUGCCAAUCCCAGAGCUACAAGCGCAGCGGCCGGAUGUCUUGUGGCGCAGGAGUCCGAAACAGAGCCAACGGGGCCGUUAAAUCUCUGUGCAGUAGCCCUGACUGCAGCCCCUCCGUCAGGCUGGAGAGCGCAGAGCAAAUCCGGAAGAGUGGAGGAGGUGAGAAGGCACUGGUGACCGGGGGUGCUGGCUUCUUCGGCUUCAGGCUUGGCAAAGCUCUGGCCAGGCAGGGCAUCAGUGUAAUCCUGCUGGACCUGCACCAGCCACAAAGGGAGCUUCCUGAUGGAGCAGUGUUCCUGCAGGGUGAUGUACGCGACUAUGACACCCUGUAUAAGGUGUGUGCCGGAGUGGACUGUAUAUUUCACACUGCGUCCUAUGGCAUGUCAGGACCAGAGCAGCUCAGGAAAGAGCAGGUGGAGUCCGUCAACGUUGGCGGCACCAACAACGUCAUCGACGUGUGUUGUGAGCGUGGCGUCUCCAGACUGGUGUACACCAGCACAGUGAAUGUGGUGUUUGCUGGGAAGCCCAUUGAGGAUGGAGAUGAGGAGUCUGUACCCUGCGUUCCUCUGGAUAAGCACAUAGACCAUUACUCCAGAACCAAAGCCAUCGCAGAGCGUCUGGUCCUCAGUGCUAACAGAAGACCAUUACAAGGUGGUGGUCUGCUGCAGACGUGUGUGUUACGCCCCUCUGGUAUCUAUGGUCCAGAGGAGAGGAGACACCUACACCGUGUGAUGGUGAAUGUGGAGCGCAGGUUGUUCAGCUUUACGUUUGGUGACCCCCGGGCGAGGAUGAACUGGGUUCAUGUGGAUAAUCUGGUCAUGGCUCAUGUCCUGGCAGCUGAAGGUCUGAGUCCUGAGAGAGGCUGUGUGGCAAAUGGACAGGCCUACUUCAUCAACGACGGAGAAUCUGUUAACGUCUUCGACUGGAUGACGCCGCUGUUCGAGAGACUGGGCUACACUCGUCCACUGAUCCGGCUCCCGGUGUCGCUCGUCUACUCAGCAGCUUUCCUGAUGGAGCAGUUACACCUGGCUGUGAGACCCGUGAUGGAGACGCCACUGCUCCUGACCAGAAACGAGGUGAGAAACAUCGCCGUGAGCCACACAUUCAGGAUCGAGAAGGCGCGUAAGGAGCUGGGCUUCUCCCCGAAGAAGUACACCCUCACUGACUCGGUGGAGCAGUACCUCCUGAGCCGACCCGUCCCAUCUGCCUCCUCUGGCCAGGACUCCUGGUCCUUCCUCUUCGUCCUGAUGAUGAUGAUAGUGCUGGUGGGACUGGUGGUGCUGCUGCUUUGCCCAUGCUGGCGUUACCACGGCAACCUCUGAUUCCUCCUUGAAACCCUGCCUUCUGAUCUCAGCUGCAGGGCAGCAGGAACCUCGAGACAUGAGACUAGUCUGUAAAUAUAUUAGUCACAUGUGGUUUUGUGCUUUGUUUGAUUUCCAGUAUAAUUUGUUUAAGUGCUGUGU